AUUAUAAACAAGAUGGACAGAGCCCGCCGCCGGCAGCCAUAGCAGCCAACGCGAAACUUCAGCUUCCGCCGUCCUCCUCCAGUCCUCCCGAACCCAAACAAACCACCAGCCAACUGCCAAGUACUCGUUCGGUGCUUCCCCAUCUGCGCCCGCCCGAGGUCUCCGGAACCGCGAGGCCGUCGCCGGCGCGCGCGAGAUUUGAGCUGAGGAGGCUAUGGAGUCCCCGUUCCGCGCGGACGUGGUCAAGGGCAAGGCGGCGCUGGUCACCGGCGGGGGAUCCGGCAUCUGCUUUGAGAUCGCCGCCCAGCUCGCGCGGCACGGCGCGCAGGUCGCCAUCAUGGGCCGCCGCCGCGAGGUCCUCGACAAGGCCGUCUCCGCGCUCCGCUCCCAGGGCCUCCAGGCUGUUGGUUUUGAUGGAGAUGUCCGCAAGCAGGAGGAUGCGGACAGAGUUCUCGCUGCGACAGUUGCGCAUUUCGGCAAGCUUGACAUUCUUGUAAAUGGUGCAGCCGGCAACUUCCUUGCUUCCCCGGAGGAUUUGACGCCCAAGGGAUUCCGGACUGUUCUUGAGAUUGACACUUUGGGUACAUACACAAUGUGCUAUGAAGCCCUCAAGUAUCUGAAAAAGGGUGGGCCUGGAAAAGGCCCGUCCACUGGUGGCCUAAUCAUUAACAUAAGUGCAACACUGCAUUACACUGCGUCUUGGUACCAAAUUCAUGUCUCUGCUGCUAAGGCUGGGGUUGAUAGCAUCACAAGAUCACUGGCUCUGGAAUGGGGAACAGAUUAUGACAUUAGAGUCAAUGGGAUUGCACCUGGACCAAUUCAAGACACCCCAGGAGUGAGGAAACUUGCACCUGAAGAGAUGAGCAAGGGGCUGCGAGAACUGAUGCCAUUAUUCAAAUUUGGGGAGAAGCAGGACAUAGCAAUGGCUGCACUCUACCUUGCUUCUGAUGCAGGCAAAUAUGUAAAUGGGACUACACUAGUGGUUGAUGGAGGUCUUUGGUUAAGUCACCCUCGCCAUAUUCCCAAAGAGGAAGUGAGGGAGCUUUCAAAGGUUGUCGAGAAAAAAGUUAGGACCUCUGGUGUUGGUGCGCCGACCAGCAAAUUGUGAUUGCAUUUGUGUGAUCUGUAGUAUCAAUCAAUAUUUUACUAUGAAACUUUAUUGUCUAUGUGGUUCUUGUAUUCUAACUAGCGAGUUUGUUUACGUGAGUAAGUUCAAAUAUUUAUAGUACGUUUUCACUUCUAAGUUCCAUUGGGAAUGUUUUGAUUGAUAAGUGGUGCCAGCCAAGAUGUUUGUCA